GCCCUUUUGUACACUACAAAUAGGCCUCCUUUUUGUUCGUUUGGUGCUGCUCACUAACCCCGCCUCCAGACUGAAGCCCUGAACUCCUCUGAUGGGACUGUCAGUUCAGAGAGGGCUGAGAAGAUGAGGAUGGGGAUUCAUUUCUUAUUGUUCAUCUGGCUUCACUGUCAUGUGUGCAGAGCAGAGUUUGAGCUGACUUUACUCCACACUAAUGAUGUUCACGCGCGGGUGGAGGAGACCAGCAGGGACUCGGGCACAUGCAGCAAACCGCCUUGCUUCGCUGGAGUCGCGCGGAGAUUUACGAAAAUCAGAGAAGUUCGUAGCAAGGAGAAAAAUGUGCUCCUGCUGGACGCGGGCGAUCAGUUUCAGGGGACCGUCUGGUUUAACUUCUACAAAGGCAAAGAAGCGGCGCAUUUCAUGAAUAGACUCGGAUACGAUGCGAUGGCCUUAGGAAAUCAUGAAUUUGACAACGGAGUGGACGGCCUCAAACCUUUCCUUCAGGCAGUGAACUGCACUGUUCUUAGUGCAAAUAUUAAAGCUGAUCAAACGAUUGCUCCUCAGUUCAGCAUCUACUAUUCCCCACAUAAGGUCUUCACUGUUAACUCAGAGAAAGUAGGUGUUGUUGGCUACACGUCUGUGGAGACCCCUGCUUUGUCUCAACCAGGCCCCAAUCUCCAGUUUCAGGAUGAGGUUACUGCUUUACAGGAUCAAGUGGACAAACUCGCUACUUUGGGUGUUAAUAAGAUCAUCGCUCUUGGACAUUCUGGGUUCACAGUGGACCAAAGGAUUGCAAAGAAAGUUCGAGGAGUGGAUGUUGUGAUUGGAGGGCACAGUAAUACAUUCUUGUACACAGGAACUCAACCAUCCACAGAAGUUCCCGCAGGACCAUAUCCAUUCAUGGUCCAAUCAGAUGAUGGGCGCCAGGUUCCUGUGGUCCAGGCCUAUGCCUUUGGAAAGUAUCUGGGAUUCCUAAAAGUGACUUUUGAUUCAAAAGGCAAUGUAGUGAAGUCUUCAGGCAAUCCAAUUCUUCUGGAUAGCUCGACAGCACCAGAUCCAGUCAUUCAGGCUGAAGUGGACUCUUGGAGGAAGAAUCUGGCCAAUUACUCUUCUCAGAUUGUGGGACAGACUCUAGUCUAUCUCAAUGGAACUUCUGUGGAAUGUCGAUUUCGAGAAUGUAAUUUGGGAAAUUUAAUCUGCGAUGCCAUGGUCCAUAAUAAUAUUAAAUAUGCUGAUGAGAUCCAGUGGAACCAUGUCAGCUCUUGCAUUCUGAAUGGUGGAGGCAUUCGAUCACCUAUUGAUGAGCGAAACAGAAAUGGCUCCAUCACGAUGGAGGAUCUGAUCGCGGUGUUGCCCUUUGGAGGAACAUUUGACCUGGUCCAAAUGAAAGGCUCUACUCUGCGCGAGGUCUUUGAGCACUCAGUUUACAGAUAUGGAGAAAAAACUGGGGAAUUUCUACAGGUGGCAGGGUUUCAGCUGGUGUAUGAUUUAUCAAAACCACCUGGAAACCGUGUUAAAAGCGUGAAUGUGCUCUGCACUGAGUGUCGAGUGCCCCGUUAUGAACCGCUCAACCCAAAGAAGGUGUAUAAAGUGGUGCUGCCCUCUUACCUAGUGGAAGGAGGAGAUGGAUACUCGAUGAUCAAAGAACAGAAACUCAAGCAUGACAGCGGCAACCUGGAUAUAGCAGUUGUUGCCAGCUACAUCACAGAGAGAAAGAGAGUUCAUCCAGCUGUGGAAGGACGGAUUCAGUUUUCAAGCUCUUGUAUCGGACAUCGAGGAUAUUUGUCCACUAUUCUGCUGGUGUGGGUACUCCGGCUCAUGUGUGUUUAGUCGUUUUUAUUGUACUUGUGAGAAAAGCAUGUAACCAUUUGUGUUUAAUUGUACAGUCAGAGGGGAAAAAAGAAACCUCUGACCCAACGAUCAGUUACUGUCAUAGAAGCAAAGAACUAACUUAAAGACAUUAGCACUGUGAUGUAGUACAGAUCGAGGAAAGUUACUCGUCAUGUUCUAUAGGGAACUUUUAUACAGGCAUUUUCUAUACCUCUUUACACUUAACGUUUAUAGCACUCAUAGAGGGUAUACUAUGCUGAAUCUCACAAAAAAAUGUCCAGAUCAUAUUUUUCUUUGCUUAAAAAAGCCAAUUUUUAAGGCCCAUUUUGUAUUAUUUUUUAUUAUAAAUUAGCUAAUCAAAUCCCCAAAUUCUCAUGACUGCAAUGUGGAAUUAAAUUUAAAGUGUAAAGUAGGAUUUACGUCAUACAACAUGGUAGUAUGAUUUAAUUCAUGCUGACUUUAUCAUUUGGCUAGUUGAACUGUCACAUAAAAAGCAAAAAAUCUUAUAUCCUAAAACAGACUACAUUUACUUUACUCAAAAUAUAUUUCCAUAUUUUCCCUCAAUUACGACCUGUACAUCUUUUCCUGAGAUUCUUAUAAAAAGGGUUAAGGUUGUUUUUCUUUCUUUUCUUUAAUUUGUCAUGUUUCUUGAUUAUGAUCCAUUAAACAUCACAACUUGUGAUGAUUUUAGAUGGUGGUUUGUCUGGCAAGAAAUCACCAUCCCUUUUUUUCCAAGGUAGUUAUUCAUAUUUUUAUAAAGCAUUUAUUUUAUAUAGAUUAUUUUUUUAUCAUUUAUUGUGAUAUACAUAACCAGGGACAAAGAAGCUGGAUAUAUUAAGAUUUUAUUUACUGUGCGCAAAGCCAGAACAUUUACAAAACAUUUCAGUAUUUUUAUUUCACACAUGGCUCUUAACUGUGUGACAUAUGAAAUGUCUCAGUUUUGUUUUUGAUUUUUUUUUUUUACUUGUCUGUACUUUGUUUCUUUUUGAGUAUCUUCAGGUACCAUCAAAAGUAUAAAAUGGUUUAUUUA